AAUGCGAGCGCCAUGCUGGAUCGAGGGCAUGCAGUGAUCUCUAUGGAUUGAUUUCUCGCAGGGCGGUGGAGCUAGCGCGCGUGCGCCGCGGGCGCGCGCUGCAUAGCGAUCGAUGGGAGCAUGGCCGGGGUUUUGAUCUAGAGUGGUAGUAUUUCUUCAUGCGCGCUCGGGAUUUGUGGAUCUUGGAGCUGGAUAAUUCUUGCUGCCCGGGGAGUGUCGCGGCGGGAUGGGGAAGGUCCGGGGAUGGCUCCACAAGCUGGGGCUUGGAAGCAGGAAUGCGGCACAGGACGAGAUGGCGCUGAUGAAGAUCGCGCAGGGGCCGGAUUUGGAUGUGGCGGAGGCAGGCAGCGAGAUGGCCCAAUUCGGCGCCGGAUGCUUCUGGGGAGUGGAGCUAGCGUACCAGAGAGUUCCUGGCGUGACCAAGACGGAAGUGGGCUACUCGCGCGGCUACCUCCACAACCCUUCCUACAGGGACGUUUGCGAUGGGGAUACCGGCCAUGUCGAGGUCGUCCGGGUCCAAUUUGAUCCAAAGUGCUGCUCAUAUGAGAAUCUCCUCAGCGUUUUCUGGUCCAAGCACGAUCCUACCACUCCAAAUCGUCAGGCUAACGAUGUAGGAACCCAGUACCGCUCUGGAAUUUACUACUACACUCCCGAGCAAGAGAGCGCGGCCAUAGCAUCGAAAGAGAGCCUCCAGAAGAGCUUGGACAGCCCGAUCGUGACGGAGAUCCUGGCCGCCAAGAAAUUCUAUCGAGCCGAGGCGUUCCACCAGCAGUACCUCGCCAAAGGUGGGCGAUUCGGAUUCAGGCAGUCCGCUGCAAAGGGUUGCACUGAUCCAAUCCGCUGCUAUGGGUAGAACAACGCCAUUUGGUUCUUCCUUUUCUUUCUUUCCUCUCAUCCUUUUUUUUUCUCUACACUCAUUCUCCUCGUACGAGUGAGAGUCCUUGGGAAGGAUCAAAAACAAAAAAUUUUCUCCUCCUCCUCCUAGGUACGUCCAUUUCUUCCAUAAACAUUUCGAGAAUUUUUAUUGAGUUCCAGCGAGAAGAAGAAGAAGAAGCGGAGGUUCUUCCAAUCAACUGUACAGUUUGAUCGAAAGAAAACAAUCACCAGGCAAUAAGUAAGAAGGUGGCGCUGCCACCACCAGCAAGUAAAAGAAGAUCGCUGAUCAAAAGGAAUAAAAACGAGUAAAGUUACGCUCGUCGCCACGGUAGGAAGAACGACAAAUGUUGUAAGCCUUCCCCAUCCUCGAAUUUUACUGUGCGUGUUCUUCGGUGGGCGA